CUGCUUCAUAGGUAUGCUUUACACGGAUAAAAUCUCCGACGUAGUAGAGUAGCUAAGCUCACUAUGUGCACAAAUAUCAAACGUAGCUCUAAAUUCAUGUCCUAAAUAUGUGAGUAAAUUAUAUUAUUCUCAUAACGGGAUGUAAAAUACGAAUAAAUUUAUAGCGUUUUAUGUCAUAAGUACAUACUUAAUUAGUCUGAUAGGUUCUAAAGGAAAGCAUAACUGGAUAGUUUCUCGAGCUCAUCACCUACUUGGAUACAUAGAUUAUAUUUUGUAUCUAUGUUCAUCGAUAUAUACUCGAUAUAUAUUCGAGAAUGCUUUACGAGUGUAAUUAAAUAACCAUUAAAAUACUAUGUAUAUUCUCCUUUUCGCCCAUGCAGCAACCCAUGCAGUAAAUACAGUUACCCUUAAUUUACGUGUCAUAGUGUAAACCUGUCGUAUGCAGCCUUCAUUUAGCCCGAGUCAGGGACAGAGCCCUUUCUAAAUUUUUGUCCGAAUUGACCGAUAUUUUUCUAUUAUUUGAUACAAAUUUUUAAAAUUUUUGCUAAUCCUUCCCCUUGCUUACCUGGACCAGUGGGACUCGCCUCUUUAAAAUCUUGAAGCUAAAUUUCAGGCUUCUAAAAUUAUUUUGAAGCGUUAGUGCAUACCCCACCCACCUACAUGACCCCCACCGGUCAACAGCUUGACCGGUUUUGCCCAGCCGUUCAGCCGUUUUGGCUCUAUCGUGUUUCGGACGGACGGACGGACAGAUAUGACGAUUCCAUAAGCCCUGACUCGGGCUAAAAAGUAUAAAAGCCUCGAAAUAUUUUAUGCAGGAACGUUCAUUCACACGCAAACCCAAAUUUAUCGUUAUCGACUAUUAAUUCAAUUAGUAACGGUUAAAUUACAUAGAAGAGAAUGUCCGGAUUAGUUUUUUUGAUAGCAUUGUUCUGUUUAAAAAUUUCUGUGACACAAGAAUGCGAAAUGCCAACCAAUUUUCCUCCUGGCAUUUCUCUGACGAUGGGAGAAUAUCGAAAUUGGGAUGAAGAGCUGAGAGUGUCCAAUGUCAUGACCGCAGCACCUCGCAACGCCCAAGAUGUGAUUAGUCUCGCCAACUGGGCGCACAGCGAAGGAUUUACCAUCCGCCCUCCGGAACUCGACAUUCCUGGGCACCCAUCACGCUUACUAGAUCUCAAGGAGGCCUUGAUCCCUGUAAAAAAAUUAUCGUAGUGGACACCACAAAGCAUUUGAAAAGAAUGUCGCUAGACGAAACAAAGCCGAAUGAGGUCAGCGUGGAAACUGGAGCGAUAUGGGAAGACCUCCUCACAUUCCUGGAACACAAAGGUUUCGGAGUUUUUGCAUACACAGAAGUUGGCAAUGUCACCAUCGGUGGAACGAUUUCUGUUGGAGCACACGGAACAGAACUAGAACUUUCACCCGACCACCCACAACAAUUUAGAGAUGGUUCUAUUUCCAAUCUGGUAAAAACAUUGGACGCCGUGGUUUGGGACAGUCAAAAAAAUGGUUUUGUGCUAAAAACAUUUACCAGAGAAGAUUCAGAUUCUGCAGCAUUUCUAGUGAGUCUGGGAAGAGCCUUCAUAACUAGAGUAAACCUUCUAAUCGGCCCAAACUACAAUCUUCGAUGUCGUUCUGAGACAAAAAUCCCUGCUUCCGUGGUCUACGGUGCCGAUUCCAGCAACAAACAUUCGAUGGCGACCCUCGUCCGGAAAUAUGGAAGGGUUGACGCACAACUUUAUCCUUACACGGAUCACACAAUGAUUCGAAUCUGGACUGAAGUGAAAGUCAAACCGGGCACUUCCAGACGAAUUAGUUCCCCAUAUCCUUUCACGCACAGUGACCCUGCCUCCAAAACCUUUGACCAAGUUCAACAAAAUAAGUCUUUGGCCACUCCCAGUCUUACACCGGAUCUUCAGCGGACGAAGUAUUUAAGAGAUGUGGCGACACUUACCCAUACCAAUACCCGUGACAUUUGGGGACCGUCAAAAAACUUGCUCCUCUACUACUCCUCGUUGUCACAAAAAUGGAACUCCUUUGGCCACGUAGUUCUCACGACGAGGCAAAAUAUUCAAAGAGUGGUUCAUCAAAUGUACUCUGGUUUCAAGAAUAUGACCACAACCUUCGCAAAUGAUCGAGGACAGUACCCCAUGAACCAAGCAGUCCAGGUUCGGGUUACUGGACUCGAUAACUCUUCCACUAACCCUGCUGCUCUGGGAUCACUUUCGCCCGUUCAUAAUCAUCCAGAAUAUGAUGUUGCUGUAUCUUUUGGACUACAUUGUUACGCAGAAACGCCCGAGUUUGGAUUAUUUUUAUAUUCGUGGGAAUCCUUCCUCUUCCAACAUUUUAAUGGCGAGUAUGCAACAGCGAGAGUAGAGUGGGCAAAAUCGUGGGGAUUUGACCCCCAAGGUCGUCCAUGGAACAAUGAAGAGCUCUAUGGAAAAAGAAUUCCUUCGACGUUCAGCUUCGACAGGUGGAACUGGGCUGUUGCGAAACUGGACGAAUAUGAUCCCCACCGCAUUUUUACAAAUGAAUUUUUAGACCACUUACUAAAACCUGUCGCAUAAUAAGCACUGUGUAAAUAUUUAGAUUUAAUUAUUUUAGAGUGUGAUAGUAAGAAAAUCUGUAUAAAAUAUGCUCACAUAUAUUCAAGAGCACUAAUUUAAUCCUAUUCAAUUGUGUCAUACAUAAAAAUAUUAUUAAAGCAAAAAAAUAUAUAUGUGCUAUAUAAGUAUGUAAAUUUAAAAAUCUGUUUAAACGUUGUUCAAGGUUUAAACCCAUGGUUCAAUUAUUCAGUGUCUCGAGGAUUUGUGAUUUACGUCAAAAUAUAACAAAAAACUUGAUGUGUAUGCGGUUGAUAAUAUUUAAAAUGGGACUCGCUUCCAUUGUUUCCAUCGGUGAAAUAUUACAUGUCAAAAAUAAAUGUAACAUAAACGA